AUGUGGGGCCUCUUCACGCGCGCUCUUACACUCGCUUCGUCCACCGUACGCGUCAGCAUCAUCAACACGAGUGCGAACUUCAUGGUCACGGCCGUCCUCAGCGCAAUCAUAUUCAGCGAGAAGUUGCCGGGCGUGUGGUGGCUGGGGGCAGCGAUGUUAGUCGCUGGCAGCGUGAUUAUCGGGAUGAGAGAUGAGACGGAGAAGAAAGCUGUUGUUACAGGCACCGGCGAGGCGCCACUACUAGACCGCGAUGGCGAUGCGAAUACAGAGGGCUUCCGAGACGAGGACGACGAGGACGAGACGGAUAGAGUGGAAUUGAGGGGCGUGAAGAAUACGGAUGGAGACAGCAGUGAUGAGGAUGGCGUGUUGAAGUAG